AUGUGCGAGCGUAAUCUUCUCAGUCCUGGCUAUGUUGGUUCAUUGUUGAAUUUCCCCUCACCGGACUCUUUUUAUUUCCCCAAUUUACGGGGCAAUGGAGCUCAACUCUCCGGGCUUCCCCCUGUUUCGUUCGGAAGGAGAGAGGUGUGCUCGCUCCCGUGGACUUCCCCAAGUUCGUGCGCAUCUCCGCCACAGAGCCGCGCCUUCAGUGGUUACUCUCAGCCAUUUCUGACCAAUUCAGUGCCUCAAAGUACUAACCCCAACAACCACAACAAGGGACCACUUGAGGAAUCCAGUAAAUGCUACUAUCAGGAUGUAAACCUCAAACCAGAGGAGCCAGGUAGACCAGCGCCAUCUUUCGCCGGUUCAAGCAAAUAUGAAUUUUCAAACUUGGAUAGACAGUUGCAAAGCGUCCCACGUGCCGAACUGAAUUCAGGUAGCCGAGCGGUUACCGAAGGCAUCGAGCAGUCGGUGAACACAAAUGUCAUAAUGCAGCCAUCUUCAAGUAACCCCUGUACCAGAGCAUCCCCGUCAGACGGUGUACAGUGGUGCCCUUCACUCGUGAAGUCCAGGAAAAAACGAAAACCAUACUCAAAGCCGCAGCUCGCUGAACUCGAGAAUGAAUUUCUCAUGAACGAGUUCAUAAACCGACAGAAGAGAAAGGAGCUAUCCGACAGAUUAGACUUGAGUGAUCAACAAGUGAAGAUCUGGUUUCAGAACCGGCGGAUGAAGAAGAAAAGACUCAUGAUGCGCGAGCACGUGUUCUCAAUGUUCUGAGUGGUUCCAGUGAUUAUGACCUCCAUCGUGCAGGAGGUUUCAGAGUAGAUAAGAACGACCGUUUUAAAAGUCAGCACAGUUCAGCCCGGUCUCACCUUACAAAUGGGAGAUUUUGUCAUUACAAGCUUUUCAAAGGUUCUGGGGGGAUCUUUGUAUUUGAAUAAAUUGUAGGCUUACUGCAGAAGUGCUGCAAAGUCUGCACUGAAAACUAAAUGCGAAAAGGUAUAUAUGCGUCACCCAGAUGACUCAUUCAUUUCUUUAAAGCCUAAUUCAGGCUUUAUUUAUUAAGUACUGUGGAACACCAUGGUUUAAGCAAUGCAAGUGAACCUGUAAGAACAGGUACUUACCAAGUUGAGCGUGCAUUUUGUAUGUAAAUAUUGAAUAAUAAUAAUAAUAAUAACAAU